AUGUCUUUGAAGCUAGGUCCGAAAAAUGGUGCUGAAGUACACAAAGAGCAUUCAAAGGAUUUCAAGAACACAAAGAUCUCAGAUAAUGCGAUCGAAAGUCUUGAGACUAAAUUUGGUAAAGCGUUUGAUUCCGGGAAGCAUAACGUGUUCACAUCAUCAGUCCUAUCUUACCUCAAAGAAAUUGACUGUCCUAUUGCCGGAAUUCGAUGCUUAGGCUUGGGUUCCUUAGAAUCAGAGAUUUAUCCUCUCCAUCAAUUAUGUCUCCUUAAACAAAUAGUAGAUCAGCUCAGUACGAAAAAAGAUAUAGUCGUUUCACUCUGGGAUCCCAUUUUUACUGUUCUUGACAAAGAAUUUAUUCAAUCCAAGCUGCAUUAUGUAGUUGAAGAGAAACCAUCGUUUGAAAAUGGGAGAAAUGACAUUUUGUACUACAUGCCACAUUUUCCCAUCGAGGAAAUUGAAAAGAUUCUUGUCAACUGUGAACCACUGCUUCUGCUCACUAAUGAUUUACAAGCAUAUUCCUUGAGACUCUGUUCCUGGAAAUUUUUAUCCCUGUACCCUAUUUCUGCUUCUAUAUCAUUUCUUUCCGAGACAGAAAAUCUGGCGAAUGAUGAUUCACAAAAAGCUCCAUUGGUGAGUCCAUCCGUUGGAGAUUUUCACUUUGUGAAAAAGAAGCAUAGAAAUAGGCACAAAAAAGGCAUUACGCCAGUACUACCCAAAAAGCAAGACUACAAUUUAGAUACCAAGUAUUUUAUCAAAGCAUGCGUUAAGCGAUUUCCAUAUGAUACGCAUUCAACUCUUGAAUAUUCGUUAACGGAUAUUUGUUUUAUAAAAUUAACAAGGCGAUCCACAGAUAAGAUUUCCAAUUGA